AAUACGUAAUAGACAUGUGUAAAUAGGUGCUAAAGUUAAUUUAUAUGCACUGAUAGCUAACUGAUACUUACCUACUUAGUGAUAUUUUUGGGUACAAGACUAUUAACGGAGGAAUUAGUUUAGUGAUACCAAAAUAAAUGACUGGCUUGGUAUGCCUGUUUCAGUAUAAGGCUGAAAAAGGUGUUUUACAUGUGAAUUAGAUUUUUAAAGUACUUAAUUAUAAUAAAUUAAUUAGAUUGCAAAACAAAAAUGCUGCGUAAGCCAAAUUAUGUAUAUGGAGAGGACACACUACUGAAAGUGCCGGCGCCCCUAAACUUUGCCAAAUACGUCCUCCAGCAAAUAUGGCCAUACGAUGGAAUUGGUUUGAUCAACGGGAAAACACAUGAAAAACUGACCUUCCGAGAUCUGGCCAAAAAUGCAAUGAAUCUCGCCAUCUCCCUCAAUCGUAUGGGAGUUGGAAAGGGAGACGUAAUCGGCAUCUGUUCAGAGAACAGGCAGGAAUUUUUCAGUACUCUCAUAGGAAUUAUAUGUACAGGAGCCACUGUGACUUGUGUAAAUCCAGGUUAUACAAAAGGUGAACUAAAUCACGUUUUGGGAAUUUCGAAACCAAGAAUCGUCUUCUAUUCGCCAGGCGCUUACAAAACACAUGUUAAAACUCUCAAUACCUUACCUUACCUCCAAAAAGUUAUACUUUUUGGCAAUGAAAAACUAAACAAUACAAUUUUGUAUGAAGACUUAGCAAAACCGGUGUCUCAAGUUUUUGCUAAUGAAGCAAACGCUGUAACUCAAGAUGAGAUAAGUUUGGAGAACUUUGGAGUAGCAGAUGUGAUGGGAGAAACGGACACAGCAAUUAUUCUAUACUCGUCAGGAACUACGGGUUUGCCUAAGGGUGUUAUGGUGACGCAUAUGAAUUUAAUAGCUACUUGUGAAGCACCUGAAACCUUAGAUCCCAAGGAGAUGAGCAUGCACAUAACCCCAUGGUUCCAUGUCAUGGGUAUGAUGGGGGUGGUGAGAGUCUUGUGUUCUGGUGGCGCUGUGGUAUACUUGCCUAAGUUCGAUGCCGACUUUUUUAUGAAGACUAUUGAGACAUAUAAAGUAGUACAAAUAAUAGUGGCGCCACCUGUGCUCAUAGCAGUAUGCAAGAUCCAAACGAACUAUGACGUCAGCACAAUAAGAAUCGUGUACUCCGGCGCAGCUCCCCUGAGAGACGACACUAUAGCAGCUGUAAAACUAAGAUUUCCAAAACUGGUCGCAGUGUUACAAGGGUACGGUAUGACUGAAUGCACUCUAUCUGCUACCAGGGACACAUACCUUGAGGCCCAGAAGGCCAAGGUCGGUGGAGUUGGCCGAGUGGCAGCAAACACUAUUAUAAAGGUAGUCGACGUAGAAACAAGAAAAGUACUAGGUCCAAACCAGCCGGGAGAGAUCUGUCUGAAAGGCCCAAUGAUAAUGAAGGGGUAUGUCGGGAAAGAUAGAAGGGAUGACUUUGAUGAUGAGGACUUCUUCAGAACUGGUGAUAUUGGGUACUAUGAUGACGACAAGUGCUUCUUUAUUGUUGAUCGGUUGAAGGAGCUCAUCAAAUAUAAGGGGUACCAGGUGGCACCAGCAGAAAUAGAGGCAGUAUUACUCCAGCACCCGGGUAUAAGAGACGCCGGGGUAGUGGGAGUACCCCAUGAAACUGGAGGGGAGGUACCGCGGGCGUUUGUGGUGUUACAAUCAGGGUAUAACCUUAGUGAAGAGGAGAUUAAGGCUUUUGUUGCUGAAAAGCUUUCAAAUCCUAAACACAUCCGUGGAGGUGUGAAGUUCGUGAGUGAAAUACCUAAGACUGCCAGUGGAAAGAUCAUGCGGAAAGUUUUACGAGAGAUGGCGAAAGCCAAGAGUAAAUUGUGAUAAUGUACCUAUAUGUAUUUAUAAUAAUAAAACUUUAUUUAAAAAAAGAUAUAUUUAUAAAAAUAAGUAAUUAUAUUUUGAAUCGAAUGUAUUCAGUUUUAUUAAUAACAUACCUGAACUAGAUGACGCCCGAGAUUUCGUCCGCGUGGAUUUAGGUUUUUAAAAAACCCCAAGGGUUCUCUGUAUUAACG